ACACCUUUUCACUGUCAGGGCUAUUGGGGGAAAACAGCAGGCAAUAGAUAUCACUAUAAUAUUAAGUUGGUUUGCCAACCGCCAAUAAACCAUAAACCAUGUAUGUAUUAGGAGCAAUAAACCAUGAAGAAAAAGAAGAAGAGAAUUAGCGCUUUAUUUUGAAAAUAAGACCGAAAGAGAAACAGAAUGCAGCAACUUCUCGUUAGCUUGACUGGGACAGCAACACCAGAUGGUGUUCCUGUUUUGGAUUUUACGUCUCGCUUCCUCCCAAAUCUGAGUGAGAUGACGUUUCCAGCCCAUGGAAACUGUGAUCCUGCCGUAUACAAUGAUGUUUAGAAAACAUUUGACAGUUGCACCAUUGCUGAUUCUUGUGCUGAGUGUCUUCAGAGGACAUACCCUCACAUGUCAUCCAACAGAGUAUCUGAAUGGGGAUCAGUGCUGUCCUACGUGUUCUGUUGGAAGUCGAGUUAAAAAACAUUGCACAGAGUUCAGAAGUACUUCCUGUCUAGAUUGCGACAAGGGAACAUAUAUGAAUCUUCCUACAGGGCUUACAGAAUGUUUUCCCUGUGCACGCUGUGAUUCAGGUUCUGGUGUAAAGAUAAAGACAGCAUGUACGACUACAUCAAAUACAGUUUGUGAACCACUGAAGGGAUUCUACUGUCUGUUCUCUCCAGGAAACAGCUGUGUGGAAGCACAGAAACACAGAAGCUGUCAACCAGGACAAUAUAUCAGCCAAAAUGGAACAGCAUUAAGGGACACUGAGUGCUCUGACUGCAGAGAUGGAACAUUUUCUGAUGGGACAUUAUUGACAUCGUGUCAGCCACACACACAAUGUCAAUCAUUGGAUCUUCAUCUGAUAAAACCAGGAACUGCUUCAACGGAUGCUGAAUGUGGAGAACAAAGUUCAGGAGCUGUGAUUGGCAUCGUGGUGCCUGUGAUACUUUUAGUGGUGGCCGGAAUAUUUCUGCUUGUCGUGUUAAUUCUCAGAAAGAAGGGACGAUGUAAAAACACAGGAGAAAGAGGAUAUGCAGAAAAUCCCCAACCGAAUGGAAAUCUGAAUGGAGAAGAACAGCUGCAGGAUAUGGAUUUGAAAAAUAAACACAGAGACCGUUUAUCGGACACUGCAGAGGAAAGUUCCAGGUUAAAUGAAAACCAGUUAUAUGCUGACACAUUGUAAGUUGUACAGAAAUGAAUCAGUCCAAGGUGAAUUUUGGACACUGUACUCCAAAGUGAACAGCUGCUGGUCUGCAGCCUGCAUCACUAUCUUCCAGAGAUGUUACUGGACAGAGACUAGUCAGUCUGGAAUAACAGCUUGGAGCAAGUCCCGGACUAAGUAUGUAACGGCUCCAGGCUCUUCACUCAGAACUUCUGCUCCAUCUCUCUCACCUGGACAUUUUGCUGCUUGUACAGUGAGCUCUCCUUGUGUGGAAUUCCUUAAUGGCCAACAUUUUCCUAUACCUGUCUACAAGCCACAGGUUUUUAUAUUCAAGUGGUUUCAGUUUGCGGGACAUACUCUGGACUCUGGACUUAUUUUUUUUUCACUGUGUAACUAUUGAUGAUAUCUGUAUAGAUGAUGUUCUUGUUAGCGAUCAUAAGUGUGUUCUUUAUAAUUUGUUUUUUUAUAGAUCUAAUGCCCCAUAAACAUAUCUUUUUGCAGACUCAUCAUUUAUCAGAAUACAGUUGAAAAUUCGACUGCCUUAUUUGUCCCUGAGUUGUCAGACUGUAGUGAUGUGGAGACCCUGGUCCAGUUAUUGAAUCAACAUUGUUCCUCAGUUUUGGAUUCAGUGGCUCAGUUUCAAUCUAGACUAAUGUCCUCUGUUAAGUCUUCAACUUGGAUAAAUAAGUAAAUUCACAAUUUGGACUCCUGGUUUCCUUUUUUCAUUAGAGGACAUCUUGUAAUUGUUGCACAAAUUUAAACCUUCAUCUGCAUCCUUUGACAUUCUUCCUUCAUAGUUGCUUUUAAAUGUUUUUAAUUCAAUUGCUCCUACUAUAUAUCCAUGAUCAAUCUCUCCCUUUUAACUGUCUCUGUCCCCAGUCAUUUUAAACAUGCUAUAGUCCAGCCUUUGCUAAAACAAAAACAAAUUUAGACCUCACCCUCAGUGAAUUACAGGCCCAUAUCUUAGCUACCUCUUGUGUCCAAACUGCUAGAAAUAUAUAACAUGUAUAACUUUCUAUCUGGUUGGUAAACUACAUUCUAUGAAAAGGCUCUUCUUAGAGCCACUAAUGGCAUAACAAUGGCUGCCGAUGAUGGGAAAUGUGCUCUUAAUCAUGAUGGUAUCUUUUAAAAAAGGCUAAACCAGUUAGAGGGUAUUGUCAUGGUUGUGUAUGUUUCAGUUUCCAGUUUUAUUUUGUAGUCUGUUUUUCUGUCUUGUCUUGUCUUGUUUAACUUCCUGUCUUGUGUUUUCCCGCCCCACCCUGAUUUGUUUCACCUGUUCCUGAGUCCUUGUGUCACCUGUCUAUUGUUUCCUCGUUACCUCUUGGAUUUAGUCUGUGUUUUCUUUGUCUGUUGUCAGGUCAUUGUAUUGUUUAGGGUGUUUGUGUGUGGAGUCUACCCCCAUCAACCAUCUUGUGACUUGGUUUGACAGCAGUUACCUUGAUCUGAAUGUCAGUAAGACCAAGGAACUGUGCUUUGGAGGAAAGAGGUGAGCAGGCGGUUACUAUUUUUUGAAAGAGUAACGAAUGAUUAGUUACAGUAACUACCCUUCUGAAAAACUAACCUUCUGAAAAACAGUAACUAAUCAUUCAUUACCCUUCGGCAAAACAGUAACUAAUCAUACGUUACUCUUUCAAAAAACAGUAACUACCCUUCUGAAAAACAGUAACUAAUCAUUCGUUACCCUUUUGUGAGGACCAGGUCAUAAAAUAAGUUAUACUGUUUAGUUCAUAGGAAAAGCAACCACCCAUAUAUAUUAUUAUUAU